AUGAAUACACCACCGUUUAAACUAAUCACUACACUUGAACAGGAAGUCAAAUCAAACAUCACAUUACACCCUCAGAUAGCAUCAUUUAUACAAUUAUUCUUGAAGUAUCUUAAAGAACCAAGGUACCAGGCACCUUUAACCAUUUCGGAAUUAUCCAACUUGUUCAAAAAAUUCUAUGAGGAUUUAAAUGUUUUAAUUAUUUGCAUCUUUACCCAAUCAAACUCCACUAAAAAGCAGUUGAUCUCGCAUUGUGACUAUUUUAAUGAAAACCCAAAAGUAUUUGAUUAUUUACUAGCUAUUGCAAAUUAUAGUACAUCAUCUAUUAGAUUAUUGAAACGAAGCGAUAAUGAUGCCUUGUAUCAACUACGUGUAUUUAACUACUAUAAGUUAGUAACUAUUUUACAAUCCAUAAAUCUUGCAGAGUUGGAACUCUUUAAUUCAAUAAGUUUAGGGGACGAAGUCAGUUUAUACGAUAAACUAUUUCGAUUUGAUAAUAAGGACACCGUGUACCAGGAAUUCUUACAAGAUAAGUUGGAUGCAUUGAAGAAAUUGGAUUUAUCAUUUAAACAUUUUGUUGAUCAUGACCUUGGCAAUGAGGAUAAGUUGGUGAAUAUUGUGGAUGAUUUCACCACAGAAGACUUGGUUCCUUUACAAGUAAACCUUGACAAUAUGAAUAAAAGAAUCACAGCUUAUGGGAAAUUAAAAUGCAUUGUGGAUUUAAGUAAAAGCUUGAUCAAGUUGUUUACACAAAAGGGGAUAAAGAAUAAAGAGAUUAACAAUGAUUUAUUAUUGCCUUCUUUGAUUUAUUUGAUAAUCUAUAAACUCAAGGUUGAAGACUUGUAUUUGAAUUUCUUGUUCAUCAAGAAUUUCUUAAAUCUAAUUGGGUCAGACUCGAUUGAGCUAUACCUGAUCAAUUUAUACUUGUCUUACAAUCCAUCACAUGAAAGAGUCCCACUUACGAGUAACAAGUACAAAAAGUCCGAUUUGUUAGGGUAUUUGAAUUUACAGGAAUCCCAAAAUACUCCACAGGAACAAAGUUAUGUAACCAAUGACGACUUUAAAUUCUUUACCAAUGAUAAGGAUUUGGUAAAUUUCAUCAACCAGAAAUACUUAAACACAGGGGAGUUGCAUUAUUAUUUGACAAAUUUUGAAGCUAUGAUUGUUUUCUUGUCCAAUACCACCGCAUCAGAAUUGUUAUCUAACAGCGAUAGUGAAAUUCCGAAUGAAUUGAAAAACAAUAGCAUUUUGAAGCAUCCAAUUGAUAAACUCGUUGAUGAGGAGUUGUUGUCACAUUUCCAAUUUCCUGAUGGUCAAUUAGAAGAAGAAAUUAAGGCAGCAAAAGAAGCAGAAGAAGCUAAUCGUUCUCGAUCAUCAUCUUUGUUAAAUACCAUUAGUAGUAAAAUAAGUGAAUCCAGAUCAAGAUCAAGUUCAUUGAGAAAAGAAACAUUUCCAAGUUUACCUUCUCCAUCAGAAGAUUCCAAUGGUGCCGCAGACGAAAAUACUGGAUUUUCCAUGAUGAGAAGUAUUUUAGGAAGAUUGAGUUCUGUCAGUGGCAGUGGCAGUGGCGGCGGGGCAACCAUCAGUAAUGGAUCAUCUCAAAAUCACGAGUCUCGUACCACCCCAACUGAUGACUUAGAAUCUAUCAAUACGCCAUCAAAAAGGUCUAAUUCAUUGAUUAAUAAAAUAUCACCAAGCCAUUCAAGAACUCGUUCGUCAUCGUUAGAAAACGGAAAUGGUAAUGUAAAUGGAAAUGGUAACAGCAGCAAUGGAAACCAUAAUCAUAAUAAGAGAAAUUCAAUAAGUGCCAGGUUUACUACGGGGGUAUCUGAAUUCAUGACCAAAUUAAACCAACCGGUUGGACCAGCGCCACUUGAAAUGCAUCCCGAGAAUAACACAUCACAUACCACAUUGCAAUCUAUUGAAGAUGGUGAAAGUGAUGCCACGAUGGGAAUUCCUAAACGACCAACUGCUGGAAGGAAUAGAACUACAAGUAUUCAAAUUUUAGAUAAAUGGUUUAGUAAUUUAUCUGCCAAUCAACCAACGACACCGAUUGAGCCACAAUCUCCACAAGUGCAACAAAGUUCUCAGUCUAUAUCUAUACAGAGAGGUAAACCCGAAGUAUUAUCUGAAGAACUGGAAGUUGAUAUCCAACAAUUAAUGAAAUUUUACACAGCUGAUUUUGAUUCACUUUCCAUUAGAGAUUUAAGAGAUUUGAAGAAGUAUUACGAUAUUUUAUGUCAAGAUUUACUUACUAAUGGAAAUCAUGAAAGGAAUGGUAAAUUGUUCAUUGAUACUAGUAGAACCAAUUCUAUUGAUAAAAUUAAUAGUAGAACCAACUCCAUGGAUAAAUUGGUUGGUGGUAGGUCUUCUACUAGUAAUGGUGCAGCUACUGUUGGUGAUGUAACUGAUUUGAAUAGCAAAGCAGAAUCAAUCGAUUCAAGCGACAAACCAAAUUCCGAAACUUUGAUUACAUCAAGUAAUAAUAGUUUAUAG